AUGGCGAAUCCCAACAACCAAAAUGUAUCUACUCCUAUCUUUAAUGGUGAAAAUUUUGAUUUUUGGUAUGUGAAAAUGAGAACUAUUUUUGUCUAUACGGAGCUUUGGGAUCUUGUUGAGAAUGGGUUCGAGGAACCUGAAGAUGAAGAAGCUUUGACAAAUUCCCAAAAGAACCAAUUAAAAGAGCAAAGGAAGAAGGAUUCAAAGGCUCUCUCUUUUAUUCAACAAGGAGUUUCAGAAGCAAUCUUUCCAAGAAUUAUCAAUGCAACAAAAGCAAAGGAGGCAUGGGAUAUUCUUCAGAAAGAGUAUAGAGGCAACUUGAAGGUAAGAACCAUCAAACUUCAAUCAUUGAAAAGAGAUUUUGAAAAUUUAAAGAUGAGGGACAUAGAAUUGUUGAAGGAUUAUUUUUCUAGAGUUAUGGAACUUGUAAACCAAAUGAAAAUUUAUGGGGAUAAUAUUACUAAUCAAAGAGUUGUUGAACUUUUUUUGAUAAGUUUGCCGGAGAAAUUCAAUCCUAUUGUUGCUGUCAUUGAAGAAACUAAAGAUUUUGCUGAUUUGAGUAUUGAAGAUUUGAUGGUACCUCUAAUUCCCAAGGAAGAGGAAGAAGAAGAGGAAGAGGAAGAGGAAGAAAUGCAACUGGAAGAGAAAGAAAUGCAAGAGGAAGAUGAAGGUCUAAUUUUCAAAGAAAGGAAAAUGAAGAGUCCACUCAACAAAAGUGUGGAAUUUGCAACCGAAGCAAUCAUGUUGAUAAAGAUUGUUGGUUUCGAGGAAAGCCAAAAUGUUACAAUUGCAACAAAUUUAGGCAUGUCAAUAAGGAUUGCCAAGUCAACAGCACUCAACAAGCUAAUUUUUCCGAGGAGCAAGAAAAUGAAGGGCACAUGUUCUAUGCUUGUCACAAGGCGUCAAAUCAAAACAAGGAUGUAUGGUUUCUCGAUAGCGGAUGUAGCAAUCACAUGA